AGCGUCGAGCUCCUCUCAGCGUGCUAAGGUUAAUCGCUUCAGCUAGUAGGGAAAUAUUUGCUGCUGAACAGCGUUUCAUAUCAGUUUUUGGAGAUAGCAGCGGUGGUAGGUUCACCUGCGUACCUGUGGGUUCAGGUGAUGGAGCUGGUGGAGGAGCAGGAAGCUCUGAUAUCAGAACUGAAGAGGAAGCUGGAGGAUGAAGACCUGAACCCGCAUCAGAAGAUGGUCCUGCUGAACGCUGGUUUAAACGAGCUUCUGGACUCGGCGGACAUCCAGACAGACGGCGGCGCGUUGACUCGAGUCAAGUCUCGGCUGUAUGACAGCGGCAUCCUGCGUCAGUGCGUCCUCCUGCUGUCGCUGCAUCCCAGCAGGCUACGAGGCAGCUGGAGCGCCGCCACCACCCUCGCCCACCUCACCAGUUCCUGCUGUGUCGGGCUGGAACCCGGCGGCCGUUCCUCAGCCUUCUUCAGCCUGUUCCUGCCGUCGGUCAUGGAUGCUCUGCUGUUGUUGGCCAGCCAGCUGAUGAGCCGAGGAGGCGAGGUGAGGAGCAGCGCUCGGAUGGUGAUGGAUGCCGUCGGCUUGCUGCUCACUGCCCACACUCAGCUCACCACUCAGGUCCUCAACUCUGUCCACUACGAGCGUAUCCAGAUGUGUGAAGACGCCACCGUGUCCCUGCGCUGUAUCCAGAUGUGGACUCAGACCUGCGCAGCCAGCAGGACCUUCCUCUCCAGCCUGAGUGACGACUCCGUCCUGCUGCUGCUCAACGAGGCAAUCGGCCAGUUAGCGUUCAGCUCUGACUCUGCGGUGGGCGUGGCCUCUGUCAGACUGAUGCUCAUCAUGGCCAGUCAGCUGGGGCUCCGCCUCCGGCCCCUCCUCCUCAGCUUCAGAGGCCUGGACCACCUACUGGACAAAGACUGGAGGGGGCGGGGCUUUGAUCAGGAUGUGGAUCAGCUGAUUUCACUUGUCCAAUCAGGAGAGGAGACGAGCCGGGCUGAGGUGAGAGGUGAGCGUGUGCGGGCGGCCUGCGUGAUCCAGGCAGCCUGGAGGUCGUAUCGGACCCGACGGCGGGUGAAGAGCCUGAACCGAGCCGUCAGUGUGCUGCAGAGGAGAUAUAGGACUCGAAGGAGGCAGGAGCAGCAGCGGAGGGAGGCGCAGCAGUGGGAGGAGGAGCUCCAGUACCAGGUGUGUGUGAGGCGGCAGCAGGCGAGGAGGCAGUUCCACCAGAAACAGAGACGACAGCUGCAGCUGCUUCCUCCUGAGCAGGCGCAGGCUUACCUCCAGGAGUGUGAACGGCGAGCAGCUCUGGUCAUCCAGAGCUUCUGGAGAGGCUUCAGAGAGAGACGACGCUACAACACACUGCAACACACACUCCGAGAGUCACACACUCAGCAGCAGGCUGCCAGGACACUGCAGAGAGCGGUCCGCCACUUCCUAGAGAAGCGUCGCUCAGCCAAGGCUCCGCCCCCCAGCGCGCUCUGGAUUGGACAGGAAGGUUUGACAGACAGUCGGAGGGUGGAGCUAAAACAACAGGUGGAGGAGUACAUCGCUUUGCAUCGGUCGCUCCGUGUGUCUCCUGAGGAGUGUGCGUCCCUCCAUGAGGAGGUGCAGCAGCUGCUGCAGGCAGAGCUGCAGGGAGGAGCGCAGCAGAGGAGGGAGGAGCAACGGGUGGAGGCACUGCUGGCUCACAUGCACACACAGCUGGAGCGGCUGCGAGAUGCCCCGCCCCUCUCUGCUGCCACGGUAACAGAUGCAGAGCUCUUCUUGAGCCCGUCGGGGUCUGUUGCCUCCCGAGCCCGUGACGCACACAAUGCCAUGCUGCAGGCGAGCCGGCUGCCCUGGUGGAGGAUGCUGGGAGAGCUGGACGCAGGCGCCACGUCGGGCCCCGCGCACCUGCAAGAGCUGGAGACGGAGCUAGGAGGGCUGUACAUCCGCGGGGCAGCCGAGGGACCGAAGCUUUAACCUGAAGUCACCUUCACAUCACAGACGUAGCUUUUAUUUUAAAGACAGUAAAUAAAGACAGAUCAUUUCUCACCUUAAACCUGACAUCGCCCUCCUCCAUGAACCCACCUGUCCCUCACACCUUAACGGAUGUAAUAAAAUGUUUCACGCUUUCUUUGUUCCACCUGAACCUGCUCGUUUUCACUGAUCAUGUGAAAAUAAGGGACGAUGUUUAACCCGUUAUUACAGUUUAAACCUUUGUUUGGCUGAGCCACAGCAAACAUCUCCAGCGUACGGAGAUGUAGUUCUGACUGGUCAGGACUGUGAACGCAUCAUGACAGCAUGAGGAGAGGACUCCGCGGUCUUCCUGCCUACGCUAGAGUUUCUCCUGGUAAAGUCCUCCUCUCGUCAUGAAUACCACCCCAUUCCAAAAACGCUGUCAGACGUGAAUAAAAACAAU